CCGGUUCAAUGGCGUGCGGCCACUGCCUGCUGCAGCUGGCUUAAGAUGACGACUCUGGAGCCUGUUCUUGCUUGUAUGCCCUAUACUCUAGCAAUAGAUUGCGCAGCUUCAUGGGCAGAUCAAUCUAUCGCCAGUUUCCCAAUAGCCUCGACCUACCCAUUCUUUGAGUCACUAUCAGAAUGCGCGCCAACGGACUUCGUGUUACGCGUGUAUUAUGAGACACUAUGGCUCCCAGAGGAGAUCCAUUCGAUAUCGAGGCUUGUACCUGCUCUACGACGCGUAGAGACGCGUGGCCCCACGACCUCUGAUGAUGUAACCGCGGAGCACCCCUUGCGUACCAUUCUGUCACCUCUAUUGCUUUCUGCACAAGACAUUGCAACAAAGUACCGCGUAGAAGUUCCCAAACUACUAAAAUCCUCAUGGGAAGAGGAAAUUGGGGUAGAGGAAUCCCUUAUUUGUUUUGCGAUCACACACGCACGACGGCGGGAAGGGGAAGACGAAGGUGCAUGGGUAAAACGAUGGCUCCAUCGUAUCGAACGGCGCGAAACUCUAAUCCAGGUCUUGUUGCACUUCUUGGUCCUCUCUUUACCAUCACCUCCGCCAUCUGCAGCUGAACGUAAGAGGAAAAGAAAACACAAGAGGAAUCUCACGAAAGGACACAGAUCUGACGCCCCUAUGGAGGAUGUUCUUGAUAUCCUCACUGAUCGCCUGAGCAUUUGGCGCGAAACAGAAUUUGUCACAACUCCCAGGCAACCAAUUGGGGACAGCUUUCAAGGUGACAUCAAAGAUAUGGGCCAAGACUGGCUCCAAGAGUUUUGCGAAGGUAUUGUUCGGCCCGAGUUUUCGGGAGUAUUAUCAUCUCUUUAUGAAUCUUUCCGGCGGAAGUGUUUCCCGACGGAAGAUGUGCCCCGAUCACUCUCCCGUUCUCCCUCGCCAGCCCUCUCUUCGUCAUCAUAUGCCAAUGCUUUGCAGGACGGGUUGCAAGUUGAAGUCGAGGAUGCGCGUGUUGGAAAAGAGGCAGCAUGCCCAAGGAGCCGCAGUCGUAGCCAUUCUGUGAUUGCGGAAUCGGUGAUUGACGUGAAACCACGCAAUCUCGUUAUCCAUCGACCAGACACAAGUAAACAGAUAAAAAAGGAAGUAUCCAUGCGUCGAAGUGCAUCCGUGCAGCUGCAGCCCCACGUUCAUCGAGAGGGGGUAAUGCUGAACAACCUUCAUCACACCGCAAAAGAUGCACGACAAUAUCGCCAGUCAUCGGACAGGGCAUCAUCUCACUCCUUGAUUGGGAACCACAAAGGGAAUGUCUCCCGUGAGGGCUCCGGUCCUGAAUAUGUACACACUGAUAACGCAGUCGCCGGCAAUCGCCCUCUUGGCAACCAUCCUACCCGUGUAGUCCUUGUACCACAAACCCCUGUUAGUGGGCGUCGUUCGCGCGACACACAAUCUUUGCCCUCCAAUCCUGUUCAAGCACGAGAACUAGUGUCGGGCUCAUCAUAUGUAUUCCAGAGCGUUCGGGGUAUGUCAAGGGCGCCUUCUCUGGGAGCGAGCGGUCAGCUUGACGUUUCGUCCGACCCAUUGCUCGCCCUAGACUCGCCAGACCUUCUCGAUUGCUUCCGCUCGCGGACCCCACCUCUCAGCAUGCAUGAGGAAGACAUGAGGCGGGAGCGUGUUCCAAUACUCGAGAAUCCAGUCGGUGAGCAAUGAUAACAUUUAACCGACGUAAGAGGAAUGAUCCCCCACAAAGAGAGUUGUAUUUGUUAUAUCAGGCCCUGCCAGAAGGGUGAAGCCGACCAAAGACGGGAACAUUCUAAAUCAUAUGAUUAUCGCCCCGGUCCAACAAGCCCAAACUGCGAGACGGCCAGAACUCCAGUGCAUCAACCGUGAGUGCCUCCGCCCUGCACAUUGGGAUCGGAUCGCUAGAUCUUGAGCUUAGUUGGGCCAAAAGAUCACUCCAUGUUACAUAUGAUGUACAUCCUGGCGCGGACUUCACGAAACUAGUUGACAAUGAAUCAAAAUCUUGAGGUGUUUAUGCGUU